UCGGUCUCGACUGCUUGGUUCUCAUCAGUCCUCCUAAAGGCACCGUGUAGGCUACAAGUGAUCCAGCGCUUUAUGUGCAGAGGUUUGAGUACGUCUUUUCAAUUUAGGUAAAACAGCACUUUCUACCGGAGCAUGGUGCCUAGCUAAUAGACACAUAUCUGGUAUCCUGUUGCAUUGCAUCGUUCUAAAUGGAAAGAUGUAGACGUCCACUAGGAGUGAAUGAACAUGGAUGUGAGGGACUCGGACGGCUGGGGUUUUCUCGCCGAUAACGUGACUCCAAAUUCUACUGCUUCGAGUCUCUACCUUGAUUUCCCAAACACGACGUCUGAAAUGGGUCUGUGGGGUGAUGCGAAGCAGGACGACACAGCACAUGUGGAGAAGCUGCUCUACAGCCAGGAGAAAGCAUACCGAGACUUCGCCAUCAGCGUUCAAGUUUUCGUCCUCGUUGGUUCUCUCAUAGGCAAUGUGGCCAUGCUGUGGUGCACCUGCCGCACCAGUGUUUUCAAGUCGGUCACCGGCCGCUUCCUGAAGAACCUGGCUUGCUCUGGCAUCUGUGCGGGACUGGUGUGCGUGCCCUUCGACCUGCUGCUAAGCGCCAGUCCGCGCUGCUGCCCGUGGAUGCGCACGCCCCUGCUCUGCAAGGCUCUCAAGUUCCUGCACAGGCUCUUCUGCUCUGCCACCAUGCUGAGCUUCGCGGCCAUCGCUCUGGACAGGUACUACUCUGUGUUGUAUCCACUUGAGAGAAAGAUAUCAGACGCCAAAUCCAGAGAUGUACUUGUAUACAUAUGGGCACAUGCGGUGGUGGCCAGCAUCCCUGUGUUUGCCGUCACCAAUGUGAUGGACGUCUACGCUACGUCCAGCUGUUCAGAAGGCCACUCGCUGGGGCACCUCGUUUAUAUAGUUGUGUAUAACAUCACCACGGUGAUCUUACCCCUGGCAGCUGUGUUCCUGGCCAUGGCGCUGAUCCGCCGGGCACUGAGUGCCAGCCAGAAGAAAAAGGUGAUCAUCGCAGCGUUGCGAACGCCCCAGAACAGCAUCUCCAUCCCGUACGUGUCGCAGCGAGAAGCUGAGCUGCACGCCACGCUCCUCUCCGUGGUGCUGGCCUUUGCACUCUGCAGCAUCCCCUACGCCGCGCUGGUGGUGUACCGGGCGUGGCCUGGCGCCGCCGAGGCAUCGCUGUGGUUGCAGCUGACCGCCGUCUGGCUGCCCAAGGUGUCGCUGCUCACCAACCCGCUGCUGUUCGUGACGGUGAACCGUUCGGCCCGCCACUGCCUGCUGGACGUGCUGGGCCGCCUGCAGCGGCGUUGCAGCCGGCGGAACGCGGUGGGCGCAGUCGGGCCGGCCGAGGCAGGCCCGCUGGCCGCCGAGGCAGCCGAGCGCUCGGGCAGCCAGCUGCUGGAGAUGUUCAACAUCGGGCAGCAGCAGAUCUUCGGGCCAAACGAGGAGGAGGAAGAGGAGGAGGAGAACCAAAUUCCCCUGGUGGCUUCGGCCACUUUUGCACACGAACGCAGCGGAGGGAGAGCAGUAGGGGCGGCAGGAGGUCAGCAGAUGAUAGGUAAGGGGGGCAAGGAAGCAGAGCUGCCCCUGACAAAACACUCCCCCAUACAAGCCUGUGCCGCCUCGUCCUCGCAGGUGGCCCCCGCCACGCCCACGGACAUCGAAGACGCCACCCAGUUUGGCUUCGGCCCAUUCGAGCUGCCUCCUCAGUGGCUGCCCGAGACCAGAAACAGCAAGAAAAGACUCCUCCCUCCUCUGGGCAACACCCCAGAGGAGCUGAUCCAGACCAAGCAGCCCAGAGGGCGGCCCGAGAGACGCAUCAGCAGGAACAACAAAGUCAGCACCUUUCCCACUGUAGACCCGUGAAACCUGGACACGCCCACCAGCGUGACGGACUUUUGAAGGGGACCAAAUCUGUCAAGGAUGUCUUGAAAAAUGAAAACAAAUCUUACCCAUUUUUAAAAAAUAAGUUUAUAUCCUAAUUUGUUAGAAUUGAUCUCUUCUUUGGCUCCAAAGUACCUGAAGAGAGAGUGGGAAGUGACCGUUUAUAGAAAAUGGUAGAAAGCAUACAAUUUGUCAUAUGGAUUGUGUAGGGAAGUAAAAUUGUUUUUGUAAAUAAAACUGUGGUACAGCAAUAACAUUUUAAACAUUCUAAAAACAU